GGUUCACGCAGGCGCACAACAAAAAGAUAAGAAGAAGAAGAAGAAGAGAGAGGAGUGGCCGAUUGAUUGAUUGAUUCAAAAAACAAAAAAUGAUGUCUGCUUCUUCAUUCACUACAACGUUAAUCCCUUCUCUUACGACUUCUUCUUCAUUUCCUUGUAAAACAACGAAGCUCUCGACUUCUUGUUUUUCUUUUAACAACAAUGUCUUGAAGACGACCCUUAAACCCUCCUCCCUUUCAACGUGUAGAGUUUUUGCUGCUCCUGAAGCUUUGGAUUCUCAAACCACUCUAGACCCACUUCCAGAUACCCUUGACGGACCUGAAUCUGAUACCUUUCAGGUUGGAGAUUCUGAGACUCCCAGUCAUCAAUCAGUCAGCAUUGCUGCAGAUGCAGACAUGAUGGCACCGAAGCAGAAAAUUAGAAUCAAGCUAAGAUCUUUUUGGGUCAAAUUGAUCGAGGACUCCUGCAAGCAGAUAAUGGAUGCUGCAAGGACCACCAAUGCGAAGACCAUGGGUCCUGUGCCAUUACCAACCAAGAAGCGUGUUUACUGUGUUCUUAAAUCCCCCCAUGUGCACAAGGAUGCAAGGUUCCAUUUUGAGAUUCGAACCCAUCAACGUCUUAUAGAUAUUCUGUACCCAACUGCACAAACAAUAGAUUCAUUGAUGCAACUUGACCUUCCUGCUGGAGUUGAUGUGGAGGUCAAGCUCUGAAGUUAGUGAAUCUGCAGUUAGGUAAACUUCAUGACACUUUUUAGUUGCUCCAUGUCACUUUCUUAGCAACAACUUGGCUUUUCUCCAUAAACCAGUAUCUGUUUUUUUUGCCCCCCCUAUUUUUUUCUCUUACUGCAUUAUGGAUGCAAUGCUAUGACAUAUGAAGUAUUUAACAACCUCAUCACUCACCUUAAUGUUUCCUGGAUCUCUUACACGAUUACUAAUAUGAAUGGUGCACUGUUUAUUUUAAAAGAAGAAAUAUUAUUUAUGGCAAGUGCGAAGUAACAACUGCAAUGAAUUUCAUGAAUCUAUUUCAGGGUUUUUAUUUUAAAAACAUUUUCAUAAUUAGAUGCUUGGACAAAAGCAUUCUGACACAUUCUUAUUGGUCAUGGUUUGGAUUUAAUUAUGUUAGUUUCUCAACAAUGAAACCCUCAACCCCAUAACUGGUACUUUCUAUUAUAAAUCCCAUCUUUUGUGCAUUGUUUUAUGCUGGUUCAUUCUUUGCGGGGCUGUGCUUGAAACUGGAGAAUGGUUAAUGACCUCAAGCAUCUACAUUGCUUUGCAUUUUUUAUUAUUUCAUCUUCUGCACUACUGUUCCUCUUCAAAUAGCUAGUCUAACGUAAUAUUCUCAUUGAUAUUGUAGCUCUCUUCUUGAUUUAACUUUUAACAGUUCCUGAUGUGUAUGAAAUGAACAUUGUUGUACUUGGUGCUGGAUUUCUUCCUAAAAGACUAGGCUAAGAAAAGUUGAUGUUUCAUUCAAGCCAGUGGAAGGUGGUUGCAUGAACAAGAUUGUGAAGAUUGUUUGCCCAUCCAUCAACGGUUUCUUUUACCCCUUUCCCUUCUGGUUGGUUGAUUUUGUAAGCAAUAUUAUGCAUGAAAAGUCACCAAUGCUGGCCAGAUAUUGGUAGUGAAAUGUAGGUGUAUAGAGCUUUUCUGUCUGUUUUUUAGGUUCUGAUUUAUGUUUUCAUUUAUUCAAACCUAACAGCUAAUGAAUCAAUCAACCUCAAUUUAUUUCCCUUUCUAA